ACUGAUAUAUGACAGACUAUCCUAGCGAAGAUGCAAGGCGUCUAAGGAGAUGUGCUCCGCUUGCCCACAUGCACAGUAAGCAUAUCAAAAUCAAGGAUUGCCUUUUGUCGACCCGUGAGGUCGAGAGGGAGCCAUAGCGCUCAAUGACGGACCAUUUGACCGACCGCUUUCGCUCUCUUGACUAUUAGACAAAAUGGGCGACUCUUUCGGUGGCGCGUCUCGUAAUUGCAACGUCGGCACAGCGGGAUGAGUGAUGCCGCCUUCAUGUCAGUGUCAAGCGUAGCUAUAUGGUGAGCGUAAUUAGUUCAAUCACAACUAUGAUACAUGAAACUUCAUUCUCGCAAGUGGUCAAAAGGGCGAGACGGAGCGCAGCGCAUCUCUUCCCUCGUUGUCAUCCAUGUCUUCACCCUCGUCUUCGACCACAGCUCCGCCACCGCUGCCCGCCGCCAUGUCCCCGCGGUGGAGACCAUGGUCCGUCCCUGUAGACAUCACCCGCAUGACGCGGGAGAUCUGCGGCCUGCUCAACAGGGUCACCCGAGCGAACUUCGACGCCGUCUCCGAUCGGAUCGCACGCUGGGCCAUCGUAAUCGAGGCAGACGGGAGCCGAGCCGCCCUCGACACCUUCGUCCAGACCGUCUUCGCACGCGGUGUGCGUGACCCCGCGCGAAUGGAGCUAUACGUAGCCCUUUGCGUGCGGAUCAUCGACGAGCUGGAAGGCGAGCGAAACCUGUGGAAGAGGGUGGACUUGUACCAUGUCGGCAAUCCCCUAUGCUCCUUCGAGACCGUUAUUCGCUUAAUGCCGAGUGCGAAGUUUCAAGGUGCUCUCGUGAGCGGAGACACAGAUAACAUGCUCUUCUUACUCGUAUUCCUUGGAGAGUUACUCGUGCAAGGCAUCUUGUACGUCGAGGACGUGCAGGAUGUCCUGGGUGCCGUCCUGGAGCGCGUCCGCAAAGGCGACGGAAACGCAGCGAUAGGCCUUCGUAGGUUCCUCCGUCCUGUGCUGAAGGCCUUCAAUGCGAUCCAUAUCCUUAACUCCCUGGAAACGACGCAAAAGAUUCAGUACGUCUUGCAGACGCCGGGGCUCCCUAAUAUGAUUCGGUAUAUCCUCCUGAGUCUUCUUGACCAGGUUUCAUACCCCCAGCCCUCGGAUGCGUUCAACUCCAGUCAAGAACGCAUAGAGGCCUAUGGCUUCCUGUCAGACGACGGAGCAGACUCGCCUAUGGAGAUGGACGACGAGAUAGACAUGAGUCGCCUCCUUCAAAGCUGUCGCGAACGUGCAACCAUUUUCUUCGUGAGGCGCAGCCACAGCUACGCGGAGCAAGCUCUUCUAGACUUGCGUCCCGAGCACCGGCACUACUUCUUCCAGCAGCUCAUCUCGGACGUGCUCCACCACCACGAUCCCGCCGAAGCACGUCUGGUCGGGUCGCUGUGGCUGCUAGAGACGACACACCGGCUGUGCGAAGAAGACCACGCCUUCUUGCGCGCUCUCGAGGCAGAGCUGUUCGCACUUCCAGAUACGGUUCUCGACGUGCCCGACGCGUGUCACCUCGUUGCCACCAUCCUGCACGAAACGCCCUUGGACAUGCAGAUGCUCGAGUCGCUGGUCUGGCAGUCUAUCCCGCCAGAAGGCAAGGUCAGAGAGCGGAUGUUAGGAGAGCUGAGGACGAGGGAGUUGGAAGGCGAAGAGGAAGAGCAGUCGAGACGAAACAGGUUCGACCGGUUCGUCCGGGAUGACCCAUCUUCAUCUACUUCAGCACAUGCUUUUUGAUGCUAGGCACCUCUCGUUCGUAUAGAGAGCAGACGAGUAGUAAUCUAGGGUAUUGUACAGUGACGUACUAGAUAGGUGUAGGAUGUGUAAGACGUAGCCCAGUCGCCAACCGCGUACGCAAUCAGGACGACCUAUCGCCGCUCGUCUGACUUGCGGCUUGCUCGACCUUCUCGCCACCAUUUGACGGUGUUACAGAAGCUUUCCGGUUUUCGGCCUUCUCAGCUUUUUCAAGAACGUCGUCCGAGGGGGCAACCGAAGUCUUCCUCUUUUUGGCUUUCUCGACAGUUGGCUCAGAGAGUUCUCGCGAACGCUUGGUGCCUCUGGGUGCAGCCCGUUUUCGACGACCCUUGACCUUCGCAAUCUCUUCUUCCGAAUCGUGGUCGCCGCUUUCGUCCUCCGGUUUGUAAGCCUGGGAGUCCACCGCUAGUCGUUUACUCCUGCGAGUAGGGAGAGGCUUCCUAGAAGUGGUGGGCACUGACUUCCUAGCUUCGUCUUCAUUCGGUGUAGCUUCCCCUGCGUUGUCUGCGGAAGGUUGGUCGGGACCUGCGGUUUCCGGGCCUACAGAAGCAGACUUCGCGGCGCCUCGCCGACGCUUUGACGGGCGCUUGCUCUCCUCUUCGCUCUCCUCCCCAUCCGAGAUGGAUCGAUUAGUGAAACUGCUUCCAAUCGAUACUCGACUGCGCGCGGGAGAAGACGCCGCAGAGGCAGACUCAGCAGUGGCAGCGGGCGACUUCUUAACGGCGCUCAAGGACUUUUUGGUCAACCCGAGGCCGUUGCGGCUGCUAAUGGCGUCGAUAUUUGAGAUUCUACCCUUCCGAUCGGUUCCUCCAAUCUUGAGCUUCUCCCCGGGUAAUGGCAGGUAGAACAAAUCGCGGUCGAGAUCCUUGCCGACGAGCUGGUGGAGUAUACCAACAAGGAAUGCGAACCCUCUGAUAUUGAGGGCCUCAACAUUCGAUCGCAGUCGUCUCACAUCCUCAAUGGUGGGCUCGCCUUCCUCCUUGAUAUAAUACUGCUCCAUAAGCUCUGUAUUGCUGAGAGAGCAGGCAGGAACCACGAAGUACGAACGAUGGCGAUAUUUAUCCCUGCGUAUACUGAUCUUGCGGAACCGACAAUGGGAUCGCGUUACUGGAGAAGUGCUCAGUGACGAGUACUGUGGAGGUGCGGGAAGCUCAGCAUGCUGCGGCUCAGCGGAUGCGACUCGUGGGGGUGCUACAUCAGGAGGUGCUGACGCCUCGUCGGGAGCUAUCGCGACUUCCACGGGCUGAAUAAUGGGCUGGCUGACAGGAGCCGGAGGAACCGGAAGAACCAG